UGCUCGGUGUCUUCUGGCUAUCAUACCAACAUGAAAUCUUUCGCUUGCGUCGUCCUCCUCGCGGCCGCCGCCAUGGCCGCUCCCGGCACACCGGGGCAGCGCGACAAGCGCGGCUACCUCUCCGGCUGGUCAUCGGACCACAGUCUGGACUACGCGCCAGCCGUCUCCUACAGCCUGCACGAGCCGAUCGUCACAUCACAGCGCAAGAUCGUCUCCUACGAUAAGGUCGUGCAUGAGCCUAAGAUCGUGGAGGUAAAGAAAAUAGUCUCCGUCCCGAAGGUGGUGACCGUGCCCAGGGUGGUCUCCGUCUCCAAGAUCGUAGAGGAGCCCCAGAUCUCCUACAGCAGCAUCGGAUCCCACAGCAGCUUCGGAUCCUACGGGAGCAUCGGAUCCAUCGGAUCCCACGGCUGGUGGUGAACAACCAACUAAUUAUAGGACAAUUUAAUAUAUUACGUUUAAUUUA